UUUGUGUGGAUGUGAUUGUUUCGCUGCCUAUGUAGUGUUUGAUGUAGUGUAGAAGCAAAUUGGGCGUUGUUGGCUUUAGUGGUAUACUUCAAUGAAAAAUACAAAUCGUAAAAAUGUGUUGUUUGGAAAGAUGUAAUUCACAUUUACGUGGACAUGAGCAGUAGUAUACGCAUGUGUAUAUGAAACCUUACAAUGAAUUAAGUGUUACUUUUACGUAGUAUCCUUUUCCAUUAUACGUUUAAUUGAUUUUAUGCAAGACUAUUUUAAAACAUAUAAGUAAUGCCGGAGCAAAGUAACGAUUAUCGCGUUGUAGUUUUCGGUGCAGGUGGCGUGGGUAAAAGUUCUCUGGUACUACGUUUUGUAAAAGGAACGUUUAGGGAGUCAUACAUACCGACAAUCGAGGACACAUAUAGACAAGUGAUAAGUAGUAACAAGACAAUAUGCACGCUGCAAAUAACGGAUACGACGGGGUCGCAUCAGUUUCCUGCGAUGCAAAGGUUAUCUAUCAGCAAGGGCCACGCGUUCAUAUUAGUCUACUCCGUGAGCAGUAGACAGUCUCUUGAGGAGCUUAAGCCAAUAUGGCAGACGAUAAAGGAGAUAAAGGGCGCCGAUCUGCCGAGUAUCCCCGUGAUGCUGGCAGCAAACAAGUGUGACGAAAGUCCAGAAAUCAGAGAAGUUUCUGCGAGUGAGGGGCAGGCUCAGGCACAGAUGUGGGGCGUCUCCUUUAUGGAAACAUCUGCUAAAACGAAUCAUAAUGUCACACAGCUUUUCCAGGAAUUACUGAACAUGGAAAAAAAUAGGAACGUUUCCCUUCAAGUAGAUGGCAAGGGAAAGAAAAAGAAAGACAAAGUAGUGAAAGACGGCGGCGAAGCUUCAGCGAGCGGAAGGGAAAAGUGCUGCGUCAUGUAGUGAUACAGCGGGUAACCCUUCACUUUGUUAUAAGUAGAUCUAUUACCUUGUACCUAAAAUUAUUCAGUCACAUUAAAUCUAGUCAUUAUUAAGUCAUAUCUCGAUGAUUUCGCACGACAUAGCAUAAUUAUUAUAACGCAUAAUAUAAAUAAAACUAUAAGUACUAUAAUUAUGCCUUUAAAAUAAUAAUUAAUAUUUAAUAUUGUGAUGGAACUGGACAGUCAUCAGAAUGCAUGUUUUGCUAAUAAUUAAAAAGUAUUUACACUAGUUGACUUGUUUAAUAAUGACUGACGUGAAUCAUUAAUAAAGAGAUGCGUGGAUAUCCUACGAUAGUGUGAAAAUACAACGAAAUGAAGUCCAUAGGACUUGCUGUUAAUUGAUUUCGUAUCCGGAAUUAAGUUAGUCAUUUUACUGAUCCGAUGCUAAAAUAUUGUGCAGUGAUACGACUUUUCUUGUAAUCUUUUUGUAAUGUUUUUUUGUUUUUGGCUUAUUUAUAUUCUCUUUCUCUCUCUCUCUGUCUCUCUUUAAAUUAUUUUACCGUCUCUGGGGUAUUUUUUAUUUAACAAUAAAGUAGAUCAUGUACUUAGUGAUCUCAUGUUUUUGAACUACUUAUAGCUUAUAUAACAUGUGUUAACAUUUAUUAUAUCGCUCAUUAGAACAUGUUCUGAUUAUAAAAUAAAUUCAGGUGAUCUAUUAAUGCCAAUGUAAUUCACUGUUAAAGAAUGAACCGCCUAACUAUAGAAUAUGAGGCUAUUUACAUACCUACUAGACCAAAAAGGGAUUAGUUCCUAAUGAAGUAGAAAAAAGCAUAUUGGUAUAUUUCCUGUGCCAAAUUUUAGCCCAGUCAUAGAAAAAAUUAGCAUUUGUACUUGGCAUACCAAUCAUUAACGUCACAUAAAGAUACGAAGAUUUUCAGUUUACAAACAUUUUUUUUCUUAAUAUUUGUUACAAAAUUGUGCAGAGGAUAUUGAAAAAUAAAGCUCUGAAAGAAAAUCUUUCAUUAUUAAAUAUUUUUUAUAGAUUUUUAUCUAUAUUUACCGUAAACCACUGGCACCACUGCGCUGGUAAAAAUCACUUCUCAACUACUCUAAUUGAUGGACUUAAUAACUUAAGUUACAAUAGUAAACGUAUUUUCUUGACACUACCUUACCAUGUAUGUAGAUACAUUUCGAUUUCAAGUUUUUAUACACAUGUAACAUUUAAGUCAUGGAGAAUGAGGUAUAAUAUAUAAGUAGCAUUUGCCUCGAAACGUAGCCGUCGCUAGUUUAUAAUGCACCUAAUUUAUCAUUCACCAAAACAUAUCUAAAUAGUCCAGUUUUAAAAUAUGUAUUAUCUAUUUAAUGUACCACUAGUGGGUAAUAUAAUUUACUCGUGUGGCCGUUGAAUGUAUUGUUCGAAAAUAGACAUUAGGAGCAACGCCUUUGCACGUAAUUGUGCCAGAAUCUUCAACGAAUUGUUCGUAUAUUUUUAUGUAUAUUGUGUUCACUCGUAUUGUAAAGUAGUACAGUACCCAGACUGAAACAAUGCUGAAGUACAUAUUCACAGUUAUUUAUUUAAUAGUAUGUGAUAGUUAAUAUGAUGUAGAGUUAGACCAAUAUAAGUCAGCAAUGAUUUUGAUAGCGCACAGUCAUAAUUUCAUAUAAGUUAGACGCUUAAAACAACACUUGCACGGCGUGUGCUAUCAAAAUCGUUGCAGACUUUUCUUGGUCCGAGUCUAUGCAUUAUACAAAAGCGAAAAAUGCUAUAUUUCAAUGUUUUAGGUUUGGCAUAUACUCUUUAAUGUAAUUUAGGUAGUUAUCAUUGUUUGAUUUUCUUUCAUUUUCAUUCAUUGCUAUGUAGACGACAGUACUGGGGAUGCCUAUAACACAGGCCGGGCCAAUACCCCACGUUCUGUGGUGCUAGAAAGUCGUGAAAAGCUUGUGUCGGAUAUAGGGAGCGUGCGUAGAAGGCAGCACAGGAGCCGUCAGAUUUUUGGUGCGAGGCGUAAAUGUGAUGUUUAUUGUUCCGAUGUAGCCCACAAGAUGGCAGAACCUACUAUGCACAAGAAAACACGUGACGUGUAAAUGUAUUAAAUUGUUGCAAUCGCAAUCUGUACCACGCACCAAAAACGUCGUAAGCACAAAAUUUAUGGCGCUUACGCGUUUUGGUGGUUUGAUUUAUGGUUUGUUGUCAAAACAAUAUCUCAUGGUGGAACAUACUGGUUCUCUGUGCCAGUUCCAUACGGAGUAAUAAUAGUUCAAUUGUCACAAGUUUGUGCGUUUACCGCUAAGUAAACCAAAAAACUCGGUGUGCUCAAUAAAGCAUUGCGAUACUUUACUCCGGGGCAAAGACUGCUAUUAUUAUAAGUACCCAAGUCGCAAGUUGCAAAGGCGCGCUGUACGAAUCCCAAACUCACAAGCGAUAUUGAACCUUGAAGCCUAAGGGGAGACUUUGCCUCCUUGUGUGUGUUCUACCGCUUGUACAACGGGCUGUGCUCUGAAGAAUUAUUUGACAUAAUGCCAACGGCCGCUUUCUAUCACCGCACCGCUAGCCGUUGGCAGGUUGUUCAUCCUAACACCCAGAACCUAAAUGGUAGCACACUGAGCUGUUUUCUUAAAUUCCUGCCGCGGACGCUCCGACUGUGGAAUUAGCUGCUGAGGUUUUGUCAAGGGCUACAGUAUGGGGUUCUUGGGUAUUGCACAGAUUUUUAAAGGGUCGGCAACGCGCAUGUAACAUCCCUGGAGUUGCAGGCAUUCAUAGGAUACGGUGACCGCUUAACACGAUGCGGGUAUGCCUGUUUGUCACCAACGUGGUAUUACAGAAAGUCACUAUAAAAUAUUUUUAUUUUUUUACUUUUCUUAUGGUAGCAAUGGUAAAAAUAAAGGAGACGAAAAUAGACACGGUGUCAAGCACAUAUACAAUUUUGUACACUUAUCAUUUCAUUAUUGCACGAUAUUACCAAUUUAGUUAAUAUAACGAUGUACAUUAAUAAUAAAAGUUGUUAAAUGCUGUGUUGUUAUAGUCGGACCAAAGUUGUUUCAUGUUUAUUGAUGUAAGUUAUAUAAACCUAAUUUCAUUUGGUGUCUAAACUUUAGUUAAGAUUAAUCGGUUAGGGUAUAUUUUAUACACUGUAUCUCUCUCUUUUAUACUGUGACUAUACCUGCUUUUGCUAUUUUCAUACAAAUAUUUCUACUUAUGCUAUAUUCAUAUUAAUUAUCAUUAAACACGGGUUUUAAAAACUAAAAUUUCUUUAAAAAUACUCCAUUCUUUAAAAUAAUCAGCUUACUAUUUUCUUACAUUCCUUAGUGCCACUGGGUCGAUCAACCUUUUUUUUUCGUUGUUAAUUCAGUCCCGUUAGUUAGAAGACAUCAUUGACAAUAUUAACAAGUAAUUGCUUCAAUCUUAUUUUAUUGGAAUUGAAAACUUCUAUGGACUGCAGAUUUAUUCACGAUAAUUGUACAGAUACAGGUGAAGAUAGAAAACCGUUAAUAUCAAAUAAACCUCUUGUGUAAGGUAUAAAGUUGCUAUUGUUUUGUAACCUUUUCUAGUUAUUCAAACUAUUAUUGAACGUACCAAUUAACUACAAAACCAAACACAAAAUUUACAAUCCAUUACUGAAACGAAAUAUUUGUGGACCUAUUUAAAACUGAAAUUGUUAUGGAGUAAAUAGUAAUUAUUGAGUAUUGUAAAAAAUAAAUAUGAACAUCACUGUGACCCAAGAGACAACGAAUAAGUACAAGAAAAAGUUGAUUGGCCCACAAAACAUAACGAAAUAGUAAGCUUAUUCGUUUAAGAUGUGUUCAUUCCUCAUUAUACCUAUAUAUUUGUAUUAAAAUUAAUAUUUAUAGCAAACCACAAACACUAAUAUUAAGCAAAUUUUCCAAUUGCGUGUUUUCUCUCAGUAGCAUCUGCUAGUAUUCUAUCUCAGUGUCUAACUAAUACCUACACUUUUAAACACCUAUUAUCAUCAGUAAUGCUAAUAAAAUGCUCCUUUACUCUUCAAAAUGGUGCAGACUUAAUAUUGAAUGGCAAUAAUAUUAUAGUAGUUGCUAGAGAUUCGUCUAAGUAGAAACCCUGAAUAAAGGCGUUGUACCUUAAAUAUUAUGAUAUGAAUGACUUUCAAAGCUUAAGGAUACGUAGGUACCUAGACUACCUUGUGUCUUAUGUCAAAUUUUAAUGCUGUUUCUUGAAUUUAAUUCAUUUAUGAAACAAUUCAAAUACAAUGUCUUCAACUACAUAUCCGACUAAUGAUUUUAUAAAUAUAAAUACCUUAUUUAUCCUAUUAUUUGUAUAACUUUUGGUGCAAUAAAGAAUAUUUACUUGUCCUAUUUCAUAAUGCAGGAGAGUCGACGAUUUUAAAUUAGGUACUUAGUUAUAAAUGAAGUGAUGUAACGUAACUGAAUGCGUACCAUAAUUGUAUCUAGUCCAUAAUACCUACGCUCUAGCAGUAGUUUAGAAGUAGAACUUGCCUCAUUACUUAUUCACAAAGAAGCUUGGCUAGGAUAAAAGUGUUGCAACAUUUGGCUUUACACGAUAGAGUGAAGUGAUGGUCUGUUUGUACAUAUAUAUUGUUUUGUUACAAUGUUGUAUUUAUUGUGGGUGCGAAUGUUGACCAAAACGAUAAUGAUGAUGUAGAUCGUAAGUAACGUAACUGAGCAAAGAAGUUGCUUUAUUUCCCACGUACGAACUAGGUAAUGUUUAAUUUCCUCAAUGAUGCUUACAAAAAUUACCAAUUCUUAUAUUUUUAAAUCAAUCUUGUGACAUUUCUCACUAAGGCAUACGGAAAAUAAAACAGAAAUUAUAAAACA